AUGUCAGCAUUAGACUCCUCAGCGUCAAGCGGCGCACUUCCUGCUCAGCGGCAGGUGCAGCACGAGACUAGCCCGCCUACGUUGGAAACAUUGAUCUCCCAUCUCGUCGCAGCAAAGAGGUCAUUAUCAUCCAUAAACCAUGUAUGGCGCGCAAAUGAGAUUGUUACGGCUGCCCGCUUGACACUGGAAGACAGCGUCGUGGUAUCCGCACGCACAGGUUUUCUACGUGGCGGCCUCAACAACCAGCUCAGGUUGCUAUACAACGUCCGAGCCGAGGUAGAAGAAAUAUCACUCAGGGGUCGCUCGGAAUUUGCAGGAGCCCUGAAGAGCCUUGAUGCAGCGGACGCGCGGCUCAGAAAGACGCUUGGCUUGCUCCGCGAGACAAUCGUGCAUGCUUCGUUUCGGCCAGAGGGGGAACAGCCAAAGAGUCUGCAUGAUUUUGUGGAUGAACGUGGUGUGGAGGAGCUGCAUUCGACGCUGAAAAACUCGAUCGAUCGUACCAAUACCGCGCAGGCGGAGCUUGACUCUUCGAAUCAUGCCUUUGAUGACGAGCUGCAGUCUAUCAAACAGGCGUUGGGCACGUACCGGGCGACGACAAAGCUAGCCUCUUCCCGGGGAUCAGUGUCUUCAUCAGGCUCCCAGUCAGGGUCUAGCUCCAGUUUAUCGUCCCUAUCUUCCAUGCCGUCAAUGGUACAUUCGCUUGAAAUGCACGCGCAAGAAAUGGCCAACCUCUUAGAAUCGCUAGUCCGCCAUUUUGAUCUCUGCGUCACGGCAGUGAAACACACCGAAGGCGGCGGAGCAGCCGCCCAAUCCAUCACGGGCGACAUGCCAGCCGAAGUAAUGGGCAGCCAUCCUGGUCCAGGCCCAAACAUCGAGGAAGAUAUCAACGCAAACCUAAACGCCCCACUCGACCCCCUCAGUGACUCGGAGUAUCGGGAAAUGGUCAAUGUCAUCAUCAAUGACGCCGCCGAGGCCGAGGAUGUCGUGAUGGAGAUCCAAGACCGUAUCGGCGAAAUGGAAUCUGUUCUGGAGACCCUGACAGUCCAACGGGAUUCCUUCGCCGCAAUCUACAACGCUACAAAAGAGGUAUUCGCUCACUUAUCAUCCCUCGCUUCAACCCGUUUACCGGGGUACAUUGCACAAGCGCAUGCCUUCACCGCCGUCUGGAACGACGAGCACGACCGGAUCAAAAGCGGGCUAGCGGACCUCUCGGAUCUCAGUUCAUUAUACGACGGGUUUCUGGAUGCGUACGACGGGCUAAUUAUUGAGGUUGCAAGACGGAGACAUGUGCGUCACCGCGUUGAGAAAAUCCUCCGUGACGCGCGGAAUAAACUUGACGUGCUGUACGAAGAGGAUGUCCAUGCCCGCGAGACGUUCCGCGUUGAGCAAGGCGAUUUUCUCCCGUCUGACAUUUGGCCGGGGUUAAGCCGGGAGCCGAUGCGCGUUGAGUUUUGUCGUAUCUCCGGCGGUUUGUUGAAAGGCGUGCUCGAUUCAGACCAGGGUCAAGGUCCCCAACCAGAUAAGGGCGGGCAGGAUCAGCCGGAGCCCAGCCAUACCCAUGGGGAUACUAGUUCCAGUUCCGGUGAAGUUAUCCCUGAUCUACCUAAAUCACUUGUUGAGCAGGCGCUUGCUCGGUUGAAGAGCAAGAGGCAGAGCGUACUUGGCCAGCAGGCCUAG